UCCGUGAGUACCUCUCUCACAGAAAGCCACCACAGCAGGCAGAGGCAGCAAAACCAAAAACACCCAAGACAAACGAGGAAAGAGGAAGAAAACAAAAAGCUGCCCCUUAUGGAAGAUAUAAAGGAUUCUAAGGUGAAGAGAUUUUGCUCCAAAAAUAUCCUGAUCAUCCUUGGUUUCUCCUCUGUCUUGGCCGUGAUAGCUUUGAUUGCUGUGGGGUUGACCCAGAACAAACCAUUGCCAGAAAAUGUUAAGUAUGGGAUUGUGCUGGACGCCGGGUCUUCGCACACCAACUUGUACAUCUACAGGUGGCCGGCAGAGAAGGAGAAUGAUACCGGCGUGGUGCACCAGCUACAAGAAUGUCAAGUGAAAGGUCCUGGAAUCUCAAAAUAUGCUCAGAAAACAAACGAAAUAGGCACAUACUUGGCCGAAUGCAUGAAAAUGUCCACUGAAUUGAUCCCAGCAUCUAAGCAGCGUGAGACACCUGUUUACCUGGGAGCCACAGCCGGCAUGCGCUUACUUAGAAUGGAAAGUGAGCAAUCAGCAGACAGGGUCCUGGCUGCAGUGUCAAGAAGCCUUAGCAGCUACCCCUUUGACUUCCAGGGUGCCAAGAUCAUCACUGGCCAGGAGGAAGGUGCUUAUGGGUGGAUUACUAUCAACUACCUGCUGGACAAAUUCAUUCAGAAACAGAGUUGGCGAAGCCUCAUCUCAAGAGACCAUCAAAAACAGGACACAUUUGGCGCUUUGGAUCUUGGAGGCGCCUCUACACAAAUCACCUUUGUGCCCCUCAACAGCACUAUAGAGGCCCCAGAAAACUCUCUGAGAUUCCGCCUCUAUGGUGAGGACUACACUGUGUACACACACAGCUUCCUGUGCUAUGGGAAGGAUCAGGCACUCUGGCAGAAACUAGCCAAGGACAUUCAGGUUUCAAGUCACGGGAUCCUCAGGGAUCCAUGCUUUCACCCGGGAUACCAGAAGGUAGUGAAUGUAAGUGAACUCUACGGCACGCCCUGCACCAAGAGAUUUGAAAAGAAGCUACCGUUUGAUCAGUUUCAAAUCCAGGGCACUGGAGACUACAAACAGUGCCAACAGAGCAUCCUCCAGCUCUUCAACGACAGCUACUGCCCUUACUCCCAGUGUGCCUUCAAUGGUGUCUUCUUACCACCUCUCCAUGGGAGUUUUGGGGCAUUUUCAGCUUUCUACUUUGUGAUGGAUUUUUUUAAGAAGAUGGACAAAGACAGUGUCUCCUCUCAGGAAAAGAUGACUGAGAUCUUAAAAAAAUUUUGCUCAAAGCCUUGGGAGGAGGUAAAAACAUCUCAUCCUACAGUAAAGGAGAAGUACCUGAAUGAAUACUGCUUCUCAGGUGCUUACAUCCUCGCCCUCCUUCUGCAAGGCUAUAACUUCACAGGCAGUUCCUGGGACCAGAUUCAAUUUAUGGGCAAGAUCGAUGACAGCAACGCUGGGUGGACUUUGGGCUACAUGCUGAACUUGACCAACAUGAUCCCAGCUGAACAGCCGUUGUCUCCGCCUCUCCCUCACUCCACCUACAUCAGCCUCAUGGUUAUCUUCUCCCUGAUCUUGGUUGCUGUGGCCAUCACAGGCCUGUUCCUAUAUAGCAAGCCUUCAUAUUUCCGGAAAGAGACAGUAUAGCAGGAGCAGCUAAAAUUUGCUGUCUGGAGUGAGAAAGCAACUUGCCCAGGGAGUGUGUUCCUCCCUGCAGGGGAAUCUAGAGUCACCUUCUGGGCUUUCCAGGGACAGUCUAGACCAGCAUGAAGCUUCCGAGGCUUUUGCUGAAGCCUUUCCUUGGGGACACUCAACGCCCUUGGCCGCAAGAACUUCCUGGUGAUAUUCUCUUGUCUUUUCCAGCCACCUUCUUUCUCCUUUGUCCUCUGUGCUUCUGAUCAUGACUUUCGUGGUCUGUGCUUCAAAAAAGAACAAUAUCAACUUUGUCUCAAAGAACUAAGAGUCCUGAGUGCCACACUGCCCAAUUUGAGCUGGCUGAAAGAAGAAACUCAGAAACCAUCUGAGUCAUAGUUUGGGACUCCCCUUUCCUCCAUCUCCUAAGAAAGCCAUGCAGUGCCUUUGGAGAGAGGAGACACAAACCCAUUCUAAGCCUUUCCUUUGGAUAGGAGAAUUUUCUAAAGUAGAUAAAUAUGUGCUAAAGCCAAAGAGUUUUUGUGAAGGAGCCUAUGUGCUUGGGCAGCUAAUGUGAUUCAUCAUCUGCUAAAAAUAAGAAAGGAAACACAUUGUAUAUUCCUGCGUGAUGCCAAAACAUUUUCAAGUAGAACACACAGACCAGAGGUUUUUGAAAAGUGGAUGCACACAUGGGCAUUUAGGGGAUACUAUGUGACAGCAGUGUACGUGCUAGGAAGAAAACUACAGUCACCGCUCAGGACUGAGAAAAUAUACCCUCUAAUGCAUCUUCUAGAGUUUUGUGGUUUUUAUGUUAAAAUACACAGAACAUAAAUUUCUCCAUAUUUACAAUCAGCUCAAUGCAACUGAAUGGCAUUUAGUACAUUUACAAUGUUAUACAAUUAUCACUGUUUUGAAGGUUUUGUUUCUAAUUAUGUGUGUAUGUGUGGGUCUGUGCACACAAGGCCAGUGGACUUGGUGGCCAGAGGAUGGUGUCAAUCCCUUGGAGUUAGAAGCAACCAGUUGUGAGCUGUCCAGUGUGGGUGCUGGAAAUCGAACUGAGGUCCUCUG